AUGAGUUCAUCGUAUUUAACUAUAGGCUCCUUAAGUGCAAGCCUUGGAUUAUUAAUCUAUAUUGGUUUAACUUAUAUGUUAACUAACUAUGGUUUUCGGUUCGAUAUUGGCUGGUUUCUCUUAUCAAUUUCACCUUAUCAAUGGGCAUUGAUUGGUAUUGCAUUAGCCGUUUCACUCUCGGUUUUUGGCGCUGCUUUAGGUAUUUUUGCAACCGGUGUUAGUAUAUUAGGUGGUGGUGUUAAAGCACCACGUAUUCGAACAAAAAAUUUGAUUUCAAUAAUUAUGUGUGAAGCCGUUGCUAUCUAUGGUCUCAUCAUGGCUAUUGUUAUAUCGGGCUCGAUUUCGAGUUACUCAGCGACACGCAUGGAAGAUUUAGUCCUUAAAUAUCGUGCUGGCUACAAACUAUUUGGCGCUGGUUUAAGUGUGGGUCUAUGCAAUUUAUUUUGUGGCGUUUGUGUUGGCCUUGUUGGAUCUGGAGCAGCUUUAGCUGAUGCACAAAAUUCAUCAUUAUUUGUUCGAAUUCUCAUCAUUGAAAUAUUUGCUAGUGCAAUAGGUUUAUUUGGUCUCAUUGUUUCUAUACUUCAGGCAAGCGGAUCGAAUAUGUCCGAUUAA